AGAGAUAAGAACACCACCAACAUCAACCAACAACGACAAAAGGAUUUUUUUUUAAGUUGAGGCGUCAGAAAGUUUAAUAAAAUAACUAUAAGAACACGAUCAAUAUGGCGUCGCCGACAUCACAUCGGGAAAGCGACACAGGUAUGAAUGCAGAAUGGGGUAAAGUUGGAGGCUAUGCUGGAGCAGAUGUCAUCAUCAUAGCUCCGACCCUGGACGCAGGAAUGCCAUACAACUACAGUUUCAAUGACUCCAUCGAUGCCAGCGGCAACGAAACCGACUUCGAAACGCCCGUCUUUACCCCAGAGUACCUCAUUCGCGUGGUCACACUGACUUCCAUCAUGGUGCUCUCGGGACCUCUCAACCUCGCCGUCUUUGUGUCACUCUGGCGUCAACGACGUCCGAAAUCGCGGAUCAACCUCCUCAUCAUGCACCUCGCCGUCGCCGAUCUCCUCAUCACCUUCGUGAACAUCCCCACUGACGUCAUCUGGUUUUGCACGGUCCGCUGGUUGGCUGGAAAUGUAAUGUGUAAACUGUUGAUGUUCAUCGAGUCGGGGGCGAUGUAUGCGUCGUCGUUUGUCCUCAUCGUCAUCAGUCUGGACCGCUUCGCCGCAAUCGUACACCCGCUCAGCGUGAGUAAGGCGGACAGGAGGUGUAAGAUCAUGCUGAGGGUGGCCUGGUCUUCUUCAGUUGUCUGUAGUGUUCCACAGCUCUUUGUCCACGAGGUUGGGUCUCCACCGCAGGAUCCGAGCUUCACCCAGUGCGUGGACUACACCUUCGCCAACAGUCACCGGAAACUAUGGUGGUCAUACCACGUCUUUGUCACUCUCGCCAUGUACGUCAUACCGCUCAUCGCUAUUUUCAGUUGCUACGCUGCCAUCGUCUACAAGAUAUGCAAACAGUCAAGAGAAGUUACGCAAGCUUUAAAGAAUGGGAACCACCCAAGUCUUCGUCGCACUGGCUUGGAUCGGCUUCCUCGUGCUCGCAUGAAGGCCCUUCGGCUGACAGCAACCAUAGUGACGGCUUUCAUCAUCUGUUGGAGCCCGUACUACAUUGUGAGUACGUGGUAUCACUUUGACAGUGGCUGGCAAUCCACGGAGAAAAAGAUGCUCAAGCCAGAGUGGCUCAUCGAUGUCCUCAUGGCCCUUGGUUAUUCCAACAUUUGCGCCGAUCCGAUCAUCUACGGUCUCUUCAGUACGAAACUGUGGCGGCAGUUCCGGCGCUGCUGGAAGAAGAAGUCACUCAGGGAAUACCGCUCGCCGAAGAUGGCGACGAAGAGAACACUUUCAUCGUCCCAUUCGACGGUCACCAGGGCGACGUCGCUCCGGUUCGGAGUUGUGACCUCUGUCCACGCUUGUCCACAUGAACAUCCGGGUAUCGAAAUGAGUCACAUGGCACAAACACGAGUUGACAGCGUGUCGGACUGAGGGGAGGUCAGACAUAUUCUUCUGCAGAAAUGCCUGAGGAAUUUUUUGGGGAUCGAUAGAUCAAAUCCGUCUAUGAAUAACACGGAUGCCGAGGCCUGCCAUUGCAGAGCGUGAACGAUCCGGUCACAAAUCUGUCAGCACAUGGCGGAUACACUUUAACGCUGCUUGCCCGACAAAACGGUCUCCCGGUUAUAAUCCGUAACUGGGACCGGUUAGCUUAACCAUGUAGUAUGGACUCCGAUGGAUGCUUCAUCUCGAGUGCCUAGCCAUUCAUUCAUAAAAUGCGCCGUUUUUGUUAUAUCAGAAUCUGUAAAAUGUAUAGUGUAAUUUGAGUCAAGCACAAAAUGUCAAUGUCAAAGUCCUCAUUAUGUUAAAAGUUAUUAUUAUCUUGAUCUGUAUAUCAUUUAUACCAUACACCGAGCAUGCAGAAUACCGUACUCAUUGACGGUCUCGUUUCAUAAAGAGUUGAAUCUUUGGUAGCUUUAUCAUUGAUUAAAAAACCAUGGUGCUACUUAUUGAGAUUGGCUGAUUAGCCCUUUUACCAUGUCAGUCACUGCUAGUUGUCAAAAAUAGAUAACGACAAAUUUACCACUGCUGUCACCGGCGCAAAGAUGGAAGAGCACGGUUGGCACGGAUCUUUCCCCAAACAUAUUUCACAACUGAGAAUAAGUAAUACAAAAAAGGAAGGGCCAGGGAGAUUGCAAAAUAUGAUACUAUUUGCUGCAUAUUAUUUCAAAAUUUACCAAAAAUGUAACUUAUGUAUUACAAAGGUCAAAAUUAUUGCGCGCUUUUCAUCGCUAAAACACAUCCCAUUUCUGCUCCAGUACAGGAUGGACGGUUAAAACAGGUGCAGUAAAGAUUCAAAACUUUUUAAGCACUAUGAAACAAAAAAAGGUCAAAAAGAUAUA